AUGGCCAGUCUCCUAGGGGAUUUUCUACGGGGUGCGCCCCCCAAUGCCUCGAUGCACCAGAUCGACUUUAUGCACACAACACCGCCCAUCCCCGCGCUCAAGGACUGCUUCGCCAUAGUGAUCGACGACUUCAUGACCGAAGCCGAAUGCAAAGAACUUCUGAAACUAGCAGAAGAAAAUACAAAGCUGCAAACCGCAGAUGCGUCCACUUCUUCUUCUACUACUGCUGCUGCUUCAUCGCCACCCCCCAUUUGGCAACGCGCUAUGAUCAACGCCGGCGGCGGCAGACAAGUCAUGUCAAUCGACUCGCGCAAAAGCGGACGACUCAUCUUCGACUCUCGCGAGGUCGCCCAGCGUCUGCAGGACCGCCUGAUGCCAUUUCUGCGGGCGCACCAGCUCGACCGCAUCACCAACCAGCCCCUCGUAACGGGACUUGGACCAGCAAAACGGGGCGAGGUGAUGCGGCUCAGCCGGCUCAACGAGCGUCUGCGAUUCCUGCGCUACGAGGGCGGCGAUUAUUUUCGGACGCAUUGGGAUGGUUGCUAUGUCACGCCGGACGGGACGGAAAAAUCGCUUUAUACUAUACAUCUGUACCUGAACGGCGACGGCGAGCAGGACAUGGCUGAGUUGUUGUCGGAGAUUGAACGCGCCGAUAAACGAGAUGGCUUGUUUGUGGAAGAUGGCGAGGUCGAUCUGGCGCAGGUCGGCGCGGAGGACGAGUCUGAGGCGUCGCUGUUCCGAGACUCUGCGCUGGAGUCGCUGGAUAACAAUGCGCCCCUCCUUGGUGGAGCGACUUCGUUCACCGAUAAGCUUUCCACCGCCAACGCCGUGCGAGUCUUCCCCCAAACCGGGCGCGUGCUCAUCUUUCAGCAGCGAAAUGUGCUGCACAGUGGAGAUGAUGUGUUCCGUGGAGUCAAAUAUACCAUGCGCACAGACAUGUUGUAUACCACAGAGCCGCCUGAAUAG